GGUCACGCCAUUGUGCUAAUGACGAAACACUCUCUGUAGUCCAAUUUCUCCACUUUUAAAAUACCAGCAGCUGUUUGAAAAAGAAUUAUCAAAGUCAUGAAUACACCCUUGAUCGUAUCGGGAAAAGGAAAUUUACUUUCAAUACGUAAUAUAUCUAUAGAAUUCAGGCACCGAUUUAUCCGAGUAUGUAUGUGAUUAGCCGCCAGAGCUCUUACUCACUUUACUGCAUUAUUUUGUCCUUGUUUCUGGAAGAAUGAUUCCGACUAUGAGACCGCUGUAUUUGGGGUUGCUCCUUUUCAUAUUCCUAUCGAUGCCUGCGCCUCAAAGAUGUGUAAUUGUUCAUAUGGGUGUAUUAAUGGUAGCCUGGGCGAAAUGAGGCUUGCUACAACCCCGCCAAGAGGUUGGAAUUCGUAUGAUUCAUUUUGCUGGACAGUUUCUGAGGAAGAGUUUCUUCAGAAUGCACAACUUGUGUCUCAGCGCCUCCGCCCUCUUGGAUACGAGUAUGUGGUGGUGGAUUAUCUGUGGUAUAGGAAGAAAGUGGAAGGUGCCAACGUUGAUUCUUUGGGGUUUGAUGUCAUUGAUGAAUGGGGAAGGGUUAUUCCCGACCCAGGGAGGUGGCCGUCUUCCGGAAAAGGGAAAGGGUUCGCUAAAGUGGCGGAGGAAGUUCAUGGUUUGGGCUUGAAGUUUGGGAUUCAUGUAAUGAGAGGUAUCAGCACUCAGGCGUAUAAUGCAAACACGCCUAUCCUCGAUGUCGCCACGGGGAAACAAUACGAGGAGAAUGGGAGGAAGUGGUUCGCGAAAGACGUAGGAAUCAAGGAGAGACCGUGUCCAUGGAUGAAAAAUGGUUUUAUGAGUGUUGACACCGAGUUGGGAGCCGGACGGGCGUUUUUGAGGUCGCUCUAUCAGCAAUAUGCCGAUUGGGGUGUUGAUUUCGUUAAACAUGACUGUGUAUUUGGUGAGGAUUUCCAGCCGGAUGAGAUAACAUACGUUUCGAGUGUAUUGAAGACAUUCGAUCGUGCAAUCGUAUAUUCCUUAUCGCCCGGAACAAGUGCAACACCAGCCAUGGCGAGUAAUGUAAGCAGUGCUGUCAACAUGUACAGAAUCACCGGUGAUGAUUGGGAUAAAUGGGAAGAUGUUGCUUCACAUUUUGAUGUUUCUCGGGACUUUGCUGCUGCGGGCAAGAUUGGAGCAAACGGUUUGCGCGGCCUCUCGUGGCCGGACUUAGAUAUGCUUCCGUUAGGACAGCUAACUGAUCCGGGUUCGAAUGAAGGCCCUCAUAGAAGAUGUAGUCUUGGUCUGAAUGAACAAAGAACUCAGAUGACAUUAUGGUCGAUUGCAAAGUCGCCUCUGAUGUUCGGUGGAGAUAUGAGGGAUCUUGACGAUGAAACUUUCGCCCUAAUUACUAAUCCCACGCUAUUAGAGAUAAACUCGUUCAGCGCCGACAAUAAAGAGUUUCCCUAUAUUUCGACAAGGCCAUUGUCCGAUUUAAAAAGAUUCGAUAAUGUGAUCAAGCAGCGACUAAGCUCCAAGUCCCUUACGCUAGGCCUCACAAGCUGCAAUAACGUCGAGGCGAGAGGUUGGUCUGUUAAAGACAUUGACGACGAUCUUGAACAAGUCUGCUGGAAGGAUUCGAGCAAGGGAAACCGCGACCCCUUUUGUUUUCACAAAAGAACUCCCCUUUUAUCUUCUUCAGCCGAAGACACGUAUCAACGAAAAUACAACAAAAAAAUCCAUCUCGUCGACACAAAGAUGUCAGAUUUCUGCCUCGGCGCUUCUCCAAAUCGAAAGCUUGCUUCUAGAGAAAUCGAAAGGGGUUCCAUUUCACCGUGUCGAAUGGACACCAAUCAGAUGUGGGAGCUGAACAACAACGGCACGUUAGAAAACAGCUAUUCAGGCCUGUGCGCAUACAUGACGGAUAUCCAAACAGCCAAAGCGACGGGAACUCGCGCGUGGAUCGCAACGGGAAGGAAAAAAGGUGAGAUCUUCGUCGCGUUUUUUAAUCUGGACAGGAACAGGGCUGAAUUACGGAUGCAAAUGUCCGAUUUGGACAAGGCAAUUCCUGGAAGAAAGUUGAACAAUGGUUCUUGCAGAUGCAGAGAAGUAUGGAGCGGGAAAGACUAUGGCAAUUUAGGAGAUACAGACACAGUUUCUGCAGAGGUGGAAAGCCAUGGGACUGCACUUCUUCUUCUCCAAUGCUGAUUUCAUCACAUUAUAUAUAUAUAUAUAUAUAUAUAUACAUA